CGUUUAGCCGUUUGGCACGUGACAGGCUUGCGUCACUUCUCCAACGGUCAGAAACACAGAAAUUCAAAUCCAAAUCCCCCAACGGUCACUUUAUUGAAUCCAUACACAUCAGCUGUUAAACACAAUUCAACUGCCCUCUUCGAAACUGCAUCAAGAAGUAAAAUCAUUUCCAAUUCUUGGAAGAAUAUUUGAAUGAAAAUGGUGGCUUCUGAAACGGUGUCGUUUCCAUCAAAACCCUCAUCUACUGGAGAGAAUAACGAGAACGAAUCAAGUCAAGAUAAAACAACCCCCAAGUUUAAGAAAAUGGCCCCCAAACAUUUCAUGUCACCCACCAUAUCUGCAUCUUCGAAGGCUGCAUCUCGAAAGAAAGUUCUAUCCGAAAGAAACGAUUCCGAUUCCGAAGACCAUGUCGAAAAAUCGUAUUUCGUUAUGAGUAGUAAUAGUCUUGCCAGUCGGUCGUCGUCUAGGAUAGUAAUUUCGUCUUACGAUCAUGCGUCGUCUGAGCCUGAUAAGGGCUAUGAUCCUCAGAGGAAUUACCUAUCCCCUAGGCCUAAAUAUUUACGGUUUAAUCCAAAUAGGCGUCACGAGAUUUUUAAUCGGCUAGAAAAACAGGAUUUGGAUAGCUCCUUCGAGUCUAAGGAGGCUAGUGAUGAAGUUGAGUCUGCUUCGUCAGUUGAGGAAGUCAAAGAUUCUUCUUUAUCUUCCCCUGCUAAAGAAAAUUUUUUAAAGAUGAAAAAUGAAGAGAAUCUUGAGGAAGAAGAGGAGGAAGAAGAAGAAGAAGAAAUUAAGGAGAGAGGAUGGUGUUUUAAAGGAGUGGUUAAACUUGCGUUCACGUUGGUUGCUUGUUUCUUGUCGACCUCGUAUAUUUGUUCGAUGAAUUCUCUGUCAACUAUGCCAACUCAAUCAGCCGCCCUUUGGAGAAAUCUCACUGAAAGUUAUCCUACGAUUAAGAAAGAAACAUUUGAGCUCAUCGGUAUGGAAAUGCGUAGCGCUGAUUGGUUAAAAGUUGGUGAUAGUUACAUUGAGGUUGAUGAGGUGGAAAUUUACGAAGAAGAAAAUGGCGAGAGUGAAGAGGGCAUUGAGGCAGAAAUUGUUGAAUAUAAUGUCGAAAAGUUGGAGUUUGUUGGAAUUGAAGAUAAGAUUGACGAGGGUGCAGAAAUUGAGGUUGUAAGAAUCGAUGAAAUUGAAUACGAAAUCAAGAACUUGAACGAAGUGACAGCUGUUAAAACCGAUGAAAGUACAGAAGCUUCUUCGUAAUCUGGGAUUGAAUGAGGAUACUAAUGUUGAUGAGGUUGAAGUUUCGGUGAAAUCUAUUCCACAUGAGCCCACAGAGGAAAUUCUUGAAUUGCAUGAUACAUUAUCGGAUAAUAAAGUCGAUGAAGUAGUUGUUGUAUACGAUAAUGAAGCUGAAAUCGAGAAAGUGGGAUGGAAAAACAUCCCAGCUGCUGUUGGGGUCGUUAUUACAUCCUUAAUUCUUACAUUGUUCGGCAUCGUUUAUCGCUCGAAGAAAACAAGAAGAAACACGUCUGUCGAAAACCCCGAGUUUGUGCUGAAGCCACAUAAGUUUGCAGCCGAGACCGUCCAGCGAAAAAUCGAGUUUUCUGCGAGACCUCCUCCACCAACAACAUCUCAUCCAGCAGAAGAAGCUUCCGGAAUUCGCGCGCCAGCUGCCGAGUUGAUCGGCGAAAUCGUUAUCGGAAAAAUGAGCAACCUUAAAAUCAGUGGCGAGAAGAAUCAGAUGACUGAAUCAGAAACUCGACCAAUUUCUCCAGUCACCGUAAGGAGGAUCAAGAAGAAAGAGGGAGGCCAAAGUGGAGAAGCCAUGGUCGAAGUAACCCCGAUUAGACGAUCGACUCGAAUUCGCAACCGUGCAGCGGUGAUAUCACCAUGAAUUUUUACAGCUUUUCUUGUAGGAAAUUUGUCUGAAACAGCUUCCUCAGUUGUUUGUCUUUGUAUUUUUCCUAGGAAUUUUUAUUGUUUGAUUUUAUGUUUUAACUGCAAACUUCUUCAAUGAAUCAAAUCUUUCAUGUGUGUUUGCUAGUGCUGUUCUA